GCAAGCUCGAGUGAGCUGGUAGUUGGAGCAGGAGGAGGUCAAAAUCCUGGAGCCACCACCUCUACCUCCCGUGCCCCAGUAAGUCCAGAUCUUGAAAAGAACAAGGAAGAGGAAAUGCACCAUGCCUGGCGUCACAUCCAUUCGUUUCUGUCUCCCAACAGCGAUGGACCUCAAGCCCGUAAAGCCUUCGCCCGUCGUGCGGAGCAGCACUUUGGUAGUGUCUCUGAAAAAGUCGCGCGUCUCCUUCUGGACGCAAAGAAGGAUGCAGAGCCGGCCCGGGCGAUGGUAGCCGUUUCUACAAAAGUGUCAACCGAAUUUUUACGGUGUGAAGACAAUCAACGACGAAGAAACGCGGGCGGUGUGAACACUGGCCAUCUUGCAUGUCAAGCAGAAUCCCGGUGGGAUUCAGUGUUUCUUAGUCGCAAUCAAUCUAUGGUGACUAUCGUCACAGCCUGUGGGGAAAAAUUUAGCGUUCCGAACAACACACAAAUUUUGACGUCUCAGUCAAGGGGGUAAACAUGAAAGUUCAAAUUUAUUCUAAUCACCCUAAUUUUAUGAGAAAUCCGAUCAACCAUCGUUGAUCAUCACUAGCUUACAGUGUGGGAUUUGAAUGAACUUCAUUUUUGGUUCAUUUGUAUGAACAUGCUGAUUUCACUUUGGAUCCAAAUUUGAACGACAAAUUUAGAGCCUGACUUCAAUGAACAUUCAAUUUAGGUCGUAGGGAAUUUGCUUGGCUUAUGAUCCUGGUGGAUUUCAUAUCUUGCCUAACAUUCCCCCUUCCGAAUGAACAUUAAAUCAUCGAAAUGAAUCAGAUGAGAUGACUUUGUGUGAAAUUCGCAUCAAUCAAUCCUAGAGAUUAUUGAAGUCAACAAAGUGGGCUUUCGCAAAUACUUCAUUAGCUUUUCGUGCGGGAGCUUUGAAGAUUUGGAUAUACUUCUCUCCUGGAAGUGGUUUUGUCAAUCCAUCCGCUAGAUUGAUAUCCGUGUUUACAUAGCACAAGUCUUUUACGUAGUCUCGUACUAGGUGUAGUCGAAGACUCAUGUGCUUGGAUCUUUUCGUGGCUACGGUUGUCUGACUCAACGCAAGCGCGGACUUGUUGUCGUUGAAGAUCAACGGUAGAGAUCCUGACUCUUGUUCUGAAAACCAGUUCAAAUAUCCUUGGUCCAUAGUCAUCCUUACACAGUCAUACAUCGCGCAAUACUCGGCUUCCAUUGUUGACGUAGCUCGAAUCGAUUGACGUUUCGACUUCCAACAGAUGGGAACUCCGCGUCGAUAUAGGAUUGUUCCUGACGUGGAUCGAAAACUUACAGAACAUCCUGCAAAAUCUGCAUCGCAGAAAGCAAUAGUGUCUCUGUAUUCCUUGUUUUCUAGCUCUGCGGCUUUUGUGUAGAUUUCUUUGAACUUUUUCUCUUGCUGCUUGCUGUAUUCCAAUCCUUGCGAUUUGGUUCCUUUCAAAUACGCCAGAAUACGCUUAGCAUCUUUUACCGUUUGGUCGGUUGGACUAGCUACCUGCGUCGCUACUCUUUGUACUGCGAAUGCGAUAUCAGGCCGGGCAACGCAACUGAUAUACAACAUUCCGCCUACUAGCGAUCUUAUCGGAAAUGUGGAAUUCGACGGCGAGUCCAAGUCUGCGUGGGAAUUUGGUAAACAUGGGGAAACUACUGCGCGGCAGUCCUUCAUGUGAAAUUUCUCAAGCAGCUUAUCAAUUGCGUCUUCGCAAGUGAUUUUCAUGACUCUCUUUUUCGCGUUGAAGGUCAACUUUGCGCCGAGAAGGUCGCGGAUCUCAUUGCCUUCCUUGUCAUAUUCUGCGAGAAUUUCUUUUCCUGGGAACUCUGCUAAAAUUGCAUUCAUUUCUGCAGCGACAAGGUCAUCAUCUUCGCCUGAGAUAAUGUUGUCAUCUACGUAAACUGCUAGCCAGAGCUCUUGCUCUUUUCCCUGUUUGUCUUUUGCAAACUUCUUGAACAAACCUGGUUCGUGUUCGGAUACAACCCAGCCUAACUUCUUGAGUCUGCCGGAAUAUUCGUCAUACCAGCGGCGUGGGCUGAUCUUCAGACCGUAUAACGACUUUAACAGCCUGACAACAUCGCCUUUUUCUUUGUUCUUGCUCCAGCUGUUGUGCUUGGGCAGGCGACAUAACACGAUCUCGUCACCUAGAGCUGCACGCACAAACGCAUUUGAAAUAUCGAACUGUCUAACUUUCCAUCCGCGUGCUGCUGCUUCAACAAGUAAAUACCUGUUAGCGGCAUGGCUCACAGUUGGGCUGUAUAUUUCUCCUUGAAGAGAUAGCUUUUGCCUGUUUCCUAGUGCUACGAGACGACACUUGUAGCGUCCGUCUCUCUUCUUCGUGUAGAUGCAUACCGUCGGGAUAAUCUCUAACUUAUCACCCAUCUCUUUGAUGUCUUCUGCGGUUGCAUGCCUCCACGUAUUUGCUUCUUCUAGCGCUAGGCGUUCUUUCGUAUCUGACUCGAUCCAUUUGAUUGCGUCAGGACUUUCCAGACACUUGGCCCAAGUGUGCUGCAAGCCAAAGAGGUAAGGAGUUUCGUCCUCCUCUAAUUCAUGACGAAUCUGGAAUAUAGCUUCUGCUUCUUUUUCAAAUUCCAUCGGUAGAUCUUUCAAAAGGUCAGAUGACGACACAAGAUUGACUUUCUGCCUUUUCUUUGCUCGAGGGCCACGACUUUGGCCUUUGUCGUUGCGUUCUUUGCGCUUUUUCUUGUCAUGCCCUCGGCCCUUCUUGCGAAGUUUCUUUCGUGUAGGUCCUUCAACGAGGAUCCUAGGCGCUUCUUGUGUCUCGUUCUCUUUUUCAUCAGCAUCAACUGUAUUAGACUUUCUUUUUCGAUUUCCAUUCUCAGCUUUCUUUUUCUGCUUCGGGGAUUUUUCAGGCGCCUCCUCUGAAAACAAAUCGAGCCAAUCCUGAUUAGGGUUUUGAUUUUCCUCGCCCCCUUCCUCAGGUUGCUCACCCCCUUCGAAACUCUUGCCCUCGUCGUUUUCGACGGUUUCUUUUUCCUUCGAACUGCGUUUGUCCGCAUCUUCUUCAUCUUUCGAACGAUCGGUCCUCGGAGCGUCCUGACCACGACUGCUUUGAUCAUGAUCUACAGCGGGCACAUUCGGCUCUACGAGCUGCGAACUAUCACCCAGACGCGCCGGAUUCGGAAAAUCAAUUAACAACUUGUCAGCGUCCGGCUUCAGAUCAUCUAUCUUGCUGACCAGCACUGAUUCAUCAAACUUACAACACUUCACCUCGUGGACUCCGAAGCGGAUUUUGGAGCUUUUCUUACAUCGACCAUCUGCGGACCACAUGCCUACCAGGUAUGUAGAAUUUUCUUGGGCGUAGCCUAGAAAGAUUCCACGGGUAAACCGGUCUUCAAGCUUCGACUUCUGUGAGUGAUCCUUCGCGUAUACCAAGCAUCCGAAACGUCGGAAAUACUUGAUGGAAGGUUUUCUUUUGAAGCGUUUUUCAAAUGGCGACUCGCCUCCUUUGGCUGUAGGGGUUCGGGCGAAUAUGUGGGAGAAAGUGCGUGCUGCAUAACUCCACAUACGCUUAUCGACUCCGACCAUCAUUGCCCUCACUCCGUUCUGGUGAGUUUGAUUGUAUCUUUCAACUUUUCCAUUUUCUUGUGGUUCGUAUGGAGCUGAGUAGUCAGUAUGAAUCGGCGGGGACUGUUUCUGUGCUGUCUUUUUCCAAGUGCUACCUGGUUCCUUGAACUCUUUGGCAUUGUCGGAUCUCACUCUUUUCGGUGGUCCCUCUUCAUUUAUCCAGACCUGCAGCUUUGCGCCUGCUUCUGCUUUGCUCUUGCAGAUGAAAGAACGAGGCCAGCUGGUUGCUUGAUCGAUGGCAUUUAGCACCCAUCUUUGCGACCAGUAGUCAGGUUCCCACGGUCCAGUGAAGUCAAAAUCAACUUGGUCAUUGAAUUUUUCAACUUUGUAGCAUUCUUUCUUCGCUUUUGCAUGUUGCGCGCCUUUGCUUUUCGCGAGAUCGCAGGCAGGACAUCGGACUACUAUUCCUGGUAGACUACGAUGUCCAGCACGCUGAUGAUCAAGAAGCAUUUUCUCAGCCUUUGUCAUCAUAGUGGACUCUGUCUCGAUCUCUUCGCACAACAAACCCUUUUCACCUGGAUCUUCGUUGAACCCAAGUGCCACGGCCGGCAGCUUGGUUCCGAUCCCUUUGUGAAGAAAAAUUCUCUUUCCUGUCUUCCUACUUUGCAAGUAGUUGCCCCCUUCGUCGAAAACAACUCUAUAGCCUUCUUUCUUCAGUUGCUCGACACUGAGGAGGGUCUGUGGAAGGAAUGGAUGGAAUAUUGCACGCUUGCAACCAAGUGCGUUUGGUUUCAAUGUGCCAAAAUAUCCAGGGCCAUCCAACUCUUUUCCGUCUGCUACAGUUAUUCGCACUGGAUUACUGUCGUCCCAAGAUUCGAAAAUCUCUGGUCGGCCCGACAUGUGACUUGUUGCGCCACUGUCGCAAAUUGCAUCAUCGACACAAUUAAAAGCUGUUUCAUGAUUUCGGUGCUGCUCGUCCUUUUUAUUCCGAUGAGCAUCGUUCGCCUCGCGCACCUUCCUCAAUGCUGAUUCGCGAACGCUGUAGAGGUGUGCUAGCUUUCUUGCUGUGUACUCGGGCGAAUGAUUUUGCUCGCUUUCUUUUGCUACGAUUGAAAAUACUGCAUCUUGUGACAGAUUGCAUUUUUCAACUCGUUCGGCUUUGGACGCAUCCGAAACAUGAGAUCGAGGAAAUAAAAUCUUACGGAUUUCGCGAUCGGUCGACUCAAGAGCCUGGACUUGUUGUGUCAUAUUUGCCAUCUCUGGGGUUGCAAAUUGCUCAGCAAGCUCCAGCUCUGCUCUUUUUCGUUUUCCUUUCAGCUGUCUCGUUGGACCAGCUGCAUCAUUGGUACAAAUUUCAUCUUCAUUCUUAUCGAGAUUCGAGAAUAAAUCAUCCAUAUCGAUUAAUGAUGAAGAAUCUGGAUUGAAGAUGUCAAGCUUGCUGUCGAACACACAUUCAUCUUCUUCAAAAUGACUUGUAGUCACUGGUGGUUCAUCACCAGGUGGUUGUUCUUUUUGUGGGGGGUUCUUUUGGGGGGGUAUUUUUGUUAAAAAUUUAGUUGAAAAACAUCGCGAAUAAUUUGUAUUAUAACAUCGAGUUUUCGUCAGCCGUAAGAAUAGUUUUCUUACUUUUUGUAGUUUGUGUAACAAGCUACUUUUCUUCGAAACACCAUCUAAGACUCAGUAUUUCCUACCCUUCUUUCCUUUUCCUUUCUUACCUCCACCCUUCGGCUUGUCGUUGCCCUUGCGAACAGUAUUCGUGUUGUUACCCUUACCGGAAUUCUUAUUGGAAGACUUGUUAUUGACCUUAUUGCCGUUUUUGUACCAGCAAUCCUUGGUGUUGUGGGAUUCCGAAUUGCAAUUCGAACACCACUUGGAAUCUCCUGCGUAAUUGGCCGCAUGACUGUCGUCAUUGCUACCAGCAGUGUGAUUCUGGGUCAAGUUCGGAUUUUGCGCGAUCAGAUUCGCAGCGGCUUGCUGGAUCAGACUCGGCAUCUCUUUCUUCAACAUAUUGGAGAACAUCUGCUUCUCACGGUUCUUCUGAACGUGAUCCGGGCGCGGGCCAUGCUGGUUGCGAGAAUUCUUGUUGCGGACCAGAUUAGCUUUGUGCUUCGUGGUCUCUCCGUUGCUAGACAGAGCGCGUUCUUCCUCGACCAUAUGAUUCUUGGUUUCUUCGAAACUGAAUCCAUUAGCCAAGGCACGCUUGUUGCACUCAUCGAAUUCCUCGCGCAUGUUCCCGAAGAUACAGUGAUAGCGUAACUCUUCGGCCGUAACUUUAGCGCCCAGUUUGAAAUUCCAGAAGUUCUUCAGUUUGUCAAUAUGUUCUUCCACGGUUUCAUCUUCACCCUGCUUGCUGUUGAAAUAUUCCUUGAUCAACAUGCGGCGGGCACCGGCGGUCUGCGGGUUAGCCUUUUCCUUGAUCUGAAGCAUCAACCAGACUACACACGCGUCAGCCCCGGGCUCUUCCUGAAUGUCCUGAGCUUUGGCUCGGGCCUUUCCGGUUAAGGAUUUGAAUACUGUACCAUACAACUUCGCGUAAGCUGAGCGCACUUCGGUUGUGUAGGUGGGCCAGAAGUCGUUUUCGUGUUUGCCGUCAGCAACCCACUGGUCGCAGGCUAACUGAUCGACCUCAUCCCACUUGUCCAUGCAGACUUUUCCUUCUAAGUCCUCUUUGAACUGGGGACCGAUGUUCAACGAGAACGCCUGAGCGAUCACGCUACCCUUGAACGUCUGGAAGUCCUUUCCAGUUUCUCCCUCGUGUUCCGCGUCGUACAGCAUUCCGACGGUGCCGGAAGUGCUCGGACGAUGGUCAUCACCCGGCGCCCCCAUCUUUUCACGAUGAGCACGCGCGUCGCGGUUGUGUCGUCUGUUGUACUCGGUACACGCGUAGGCGGCUACCUGUACAAGAAAUUUGCAAUCGAAUUCAGAUGGUAUUCAGCAUUUCAAAUGCGAUCAUCUUGUUGAAUUCACGAUGCAAUUACAGACAAAAUCAGAAUUACGUUUAGACUUCUAUUUUCAAAAACCGAUGUAAUUCAGUACCUUUUUCGUGGCCUGCUGUCGGGUCCUUGCUCUUGUACCGGCCUGCUGCUCGGUGCGUUAAAUCCGCCGCCCAAAACUGUAAUAGUUUUUGUUGGGGAGGAUUAACAUGCGAUUUUUGUGCUCUUGCCAUGUGUGCUCGCAUUCAAAAUUUCCAAUGAUUUUAGAAAACAGACCGAAAAUAAGUACACUUUUAGCACCUGUCUUGUUCCUCGCUCGAUGCUUCGGCAAAGGUUACGGGCUUCGUAGCGCGCACCUUUGGUCGCUUUGUCUCUCUUGCACCUGUGUAGGUGUAUGAUUACAAAUUCUCUUUUACUUUCAAACAGCCUCUGACCGUGUAUCAGCAAUUGAUAUCACGGCAGCAAAUCACCACUGUUGGUUGAUUUGAACUCGGUGGCUGGGGGUUAUUUUGCCUAAAUUUUUAGUUCAAAUUCAAACAAAAAUUCUAUUCAAAAACACUACCAAAAAUUCAAAAUUUUCUUUAUUUUUCUUCGUGCUUUUAGUACCUUCCUGCGGGUCUUGGUGUGGUUGGUGGUUUGGUUCUGGUCCUGGCUUGGUAGGUGUUGUCGUGUUGCGGGGGGACCAGGCUUGGUAGUUGUUGUCGUGUUGGCACUGGUCGUGUCUUGGUGUCAGCGCUCAAGGCUGUGCCGUUAGAAUGUCAACCGAAUUUUCACGGUGUGAAGACAAUCAACGACGAAGAAACGCGGGCGGUGUGAACACUGGCCAUCUUGCAUGUCAAGCAGAAUCCAGGUGGGAUUCAGUGUUUCUUAGUCGCAAUCAAUCUAUGGCGACUAUCGUCACAGCCUGUGGGGAAAAAUUGCGAAGAGUGUUCCGCAUUGCGAAGAGUGUUCCGCAGUUCCGCGUUCCCACACCGCAGACGGCCAUGGAAAUCGUUCUCCGGCGGGAAAUGAGGCAGAGACGAUCUUCCCUCGGGGCAGGACGCAGUAAGGGCUCCGGGGCGUUGGCGGCAGUGAGCCGCUUGGGGCGCGAAGCCGUGGAAGCGAACGAGCAAGCCAUGGUGGCUGCUGGGAAAAAAUCCUCUUUGAUGCUGCCAGACGUUGUGGAGGACGAGGCGCAGCCGCAGCAGCUUUUUCAGGGUGAGGAGCCAAAUGAUCCCCAAGGUGCAGCCUCCACCCCCUUGUCCUCAGGCAGUACUUCUUCUACCCCACGGACGGCAGCGUCCAAGUUGAGUGAUGCGGCGAAGAAGGUGCUUGCUGACGCUCUCCUCCGUCCGGGGGAAUUCAGCUGUACUGCGAACCAAAGCUUCCUACCAGAUGAGGAGGGAAUGAACGUCUUUGGCAUCAAUCACCGCAGUUCGGAUGAGUUCCUUUCGCAAAAAUCCGUGGAAGCAGCACUGAAGAGACUGGUGGAAAAGGAGAAAGGAAAGCAGGCGGAUUUUUUGCCUACAUCAAAUAGUGCUAGUGGUUGUGCUGGUUGUAAUUCCUCUUCCAACGAGAAUGAACAGGGGAGCAUCAAUCACCUCCGAGUCAGCAGCGAGAACGAGGAUAAGAGUCGAAGCUUUUCCGUCUCCUCUUUUUCGCAGCCGGACCCUGCACCCCCUCUUGCAGCGCGGUCUCCGGACCGUUCUCGCAGUUUCCGAUACGUUUCGACUGAGCAGCCCGAGGGCUUCUCCUCGGGCCGGGCCCUGCAGCUCAGUGCGGAAAGCGAAGCGCAGCUGUUGUUGCGAAGUAGCCAGCAGAUGGGAAGAAGAAGUCCAGCGGAAAGUAGAAGCAAAAGGAGCAGCACGCCGGGGGCCGCGAGCCUUUCGUCGGCCGCCUUGGCUGCGUUUUACCCGAAAGUUUUCCAGGCCACGCCCUUCUACCUCUCUGCGCCGAAGCCCCACGAAGACCGAUUGCGCCUGACGCGGAAGGAGGUAGUCGAAAGCAGUGGUGGAGCGGUUUUCGGCGACGUGCUGCGCACGGAACACUACACCACGGAUAUCUCUUUUGAUGCCGGAAGUGACUUCAAGUACACGCCCGGACGCCCGCAUCCUGUUUUUGACUACGAUAACCGUUGGGAGAAAAGGUCCAACACUAGCAACACCAAGGUGUGGUACACAAUGGACAGGCACGAUUUCGCAAUAUUGGAAUCCCCGACGGAAAUGACGAUUCUAAAAUGCUAUGCCACCUUGACACCUGAUCCGAGUUGGCCCGCUGAACGGAUGCAGGAGCAGCCGAACGAGGACUGGAUAAGCGAUUUCAAGUGCGGAAUCCAGCUGUGCCAAUGGACAGGUGAGUGAGUGCAACCUCCUAUGAUGUUGGGUGGGUAAAAAUUCUGUAAGUAAAGUUGUAGUGUUUAUUUAUGUAAAGUUGUUGUAAAGGGAAAAAAGAACAAGGAUAAUAACACACGCACAGCCACGAUUUUAUCGACUUAUAGAUCGGACAAGUCUUCCUAAACCGACUUUGGCUAACUAAAGCGCAGAACUGAAGCGUAGAACUGUUGUAAAUUUGUAUUGUCAUUCUUUAGCUGGUGUAGUCAAAAACAAAAACAAAAAUCAAGUAGAAGAUCCAGAGCUGCUUGUGGCGCAGCUGCUGUGGAUGGUAUGACCCACAACUACAGUUACAGCUUUAUAUAUGGAACGUCGCAAUACAACAUCGACUGUAGGGCCAUAAGCAGAACACGCACAGAAACGCGAAGGAAGGACCGCAGUGCUUUUAUUUUUUCAAAAUUUUUAUUUUCUCAUGUUGACACGCACACGGCUCAGAGUUCGUUGUGCGACCGGCCCAGCAAACUCGUUGCGAGUUUCCCGCCUAGCGGGCGCUUCUUUAGGCUUUAUGUAUAUUAAGACCGACGAUCUUUAGAUGCGCAGCGGCUUCUAGGAGAGUCUUUUUUGAUGUUGGAGAUAAAUUUUCUUUUCUUGGACCAGUGGGAUCCUAGUGCUGCAAUGAGAUCGACGCGUAGCUUUAAGGAAGUUACAAUCUUGAAGCUUCAUUUUUUUUGGUAUAAGCAAGGCAGUAUUUGUGUAUGGUGAAAGUAUAUGGUAAGAUUUCAAACAAGGACGUGUACGAAGAUGAAAGUGCAAGUAUUUCUUGGCACUUGUUUUGGCAGAGAGUUGAUGAAA